AAAAAAAAGCAAAUAAUAAGAAACUCAUUUGAAUAGUGAAAACCCUGAACCCUCAACACAUUACACAUUUCAUUUCCUUCUGAAACCCCAUAGCCACAAACUCAACCAUGCUUCGCAUAGCUUCAAAGUUAACAUCUAGGGUUUCUUCCUCUGCAUUCCCCACCAGGCUCUCUCCUCUUCCCGCUUCAUCCUUCCGAUCAUUCACCAAUGGCUUGGAAUUGGAAGCAGACAUGGUCGUCCCCGACGCCAUUAGGAUGAUCAACUACGCGCUGCGACAAUGGAGGACCGAAAGAUCACUUGGGGCGUUCCGGCUUGGCUGUUCUGUGUUGAAGCACUGUCUUUCGAUGGAGUUUACUGAGGGAAAGGAUCCAAAGCGCGAGAAUUCGAAGGGAAUGGCAUUGCUUACUUUGUCCACGUUGUUGUAUGAAAGAGGAGAGUACAGUGAAGCAAUAGAGAAGCUCGAGGGUGUUCAAGAAUUAACCAAUUCUUACUUGGGUGUUAGAGUUGCUGCUCUUGAAACUCAGGCUGGGCUUCAUCUAGAGUUGAGGCAGGAUGAUUUGGCAGCAGUGGCAGCUGAUAAGUGCAUGAAGGUUGUAGAGAAUCAAGAGCAAGCAAGAGAUUAUGAGGCGCAAUUUGUUCGUGCUAAAGCACUAAAAGGGCUGAUUGAACUUGUGAAUGGCAAUUUUGACUCAGCUGAAGAUUUCUUCGACAAGUCUCUCCGCGAGAAGUUUAGCGAUGGUACCGCUGGUCUAUCAUAUGCGGAAUUCCUACACAAAAAACAAGACUAUCCAUUGGCAAAAGAGGUUUACCGAAAUGUCGUACAAGGUGCUAUUGAAGUAAAGAAUGCUGGAAGACCAUACUUAGGAGCUGGUAACUUUAGUGUGGAUGAAUUAAUUGUAGGGUCCAUGUGUGCUUUAGGACAGCUUGAAUUACUUAUGGGUAACUCCGGUAACGCAGAGCAUUAUUUGACACAGGCAUUAUCUAGGGCAGAAGAAGCCUAUGGAGACUCUAAACAUCCUACGGUGGGGGUUGCCUUAACAAGCAUAGCUCUUAUGUAUAGGCGUAAAGCAAUUCAGGAUCGUUCAAGUACACUGUUGAUUCAAGAGGGUAUCUACCGAAAAGUGAUAGAUAUUUUGAAGGUUCCAUCGGUGGAAUCCGAGUCUGAAGAUGCUGCACCAUUGGUAGAUAGAAGUGAUAUAGCUGCUCUUGCAAGAGGUGCAUAUGCAGAAGUACUGAGUGUCCAAGAAAAUAGAAAGGAUGAAGGGGAGAAGAUGAAGAACUUGGCUGAGUCUAUAUGGCAACACCGCAGGAUGUCUCUGGCUGAUGCUCUCGAUUCAGAGACCAGUAUCAUAGAUUCUAGAAUUAGCAGGAUUUUGUAAAUUGGUCCAUUUUCUGGUUACCCUUUUGCUGCUACAGGUUCUAGUUGGACUAUGAUACAUGACCAAUCAUGGAUUAAUGUUGAGUAGAGUUAGUCUAUAAUAUUGCGUGGAAUAGAAAUGUCGCUCCGACAUACUAUGAUAUCCAGGGUCGGACGAUGAAUGCUUAGGUCUAAACCGAGUUUUAAGAUGAGGUAUUUUGAAUAUGAUGAAAAUAAUUCACGUGGAUUAUUGGUAGUUUUAUGUAGUUCAUAUAUAUUUUUUUAUUUAUUCUUAA